AUGAUUCCAAUUAUUAUGUGGCUGGCCAUAGCAGCAUCAUUAAGUUUUUAUUAUUUCUGCGUACGUCCCAUGAAAUAUUGGAGAAGGAAAGGCGUCCAUGAAGCAGGCAAUCCAUCAUGGUUUUUUGGAGAUAGUUUACGUAACAUUCUGGGAUUGGAAUGUUUCACCACUACAAUGAACAAUGUAUACAAAAAGGCUUCUGAUCUAAGAUACUUCGGAAUGUACAUGUUUGUCAAUCCAUUAUUGGUAGUCAAAGAUCCUGAUUUGAUGAAGGAAAUCACUGUGAAAGCUUUCGAUAAUUUCACGGACCAUCGUGACGUCAUGCCUGUAGAAGCUGAUCCUUUGUGGGGUAAAAAUCUGUUACAACUCAAAGGUGAAGAUUGGAGAUAUAUGAGAUCCCUGAUGAGUCCUUCUUUCACGUCCGGCAAGAUCAAAACAAUGUUUGGGCUGAUGUCGGAGUGUGCCGAAAACUUGAUCAAUUAUUUGAAAAACAAAAACGAACCGUCGAUCGAACUCGAUGUUCUGGAUGCAACUACAAGAUACACCAAUGACGUCAUCGCUAAAAUCGCGUUCGGAGUGUCUGUGGAUUCCUUGAAUAAUCCAGAUAAUGAGUUCUUCCGCACGGCAAGAAGGGCAACAGAUGCGACUAGUAUCAGGUUGGCGCUGAGUGCGUUCGCCUCCUUUAUUUUACCUGGUUACCUCAUGAAAGUGUUAGGUUUGAAGUUUUUUCAAGAUGAUGUGAGAAACUAUUUCUCCAACGUUCUUCAAGAUUCAAUAAGGAUGAGGAAGAAGUCUGGAACCUACUCUUCGGACCUCAUAGACUCGCUUCUAGAAGCCCAAUCAACAGCGAAGAAAGAAAACUCAUUACGGAAAUUGGAAGAUGACGAUAUUUUAGCUCAGGCAAUGAUUUUUUUCCUUGGAGGAUUCGAUACAGUUAGUAAAUUACUUGGUUUCCUUUGUUACGAACUGGCAAUCAAUAAGGAGGUACAGGACAGACUAAGAGAAGAUAUCCUCGAUGUCAUCAGAAAAAAUGAUGGAAAAAUAACAUACGACGCUACAAUGAGGAUGGAGUACUUGGACAUGGUCAUUUCAGAAUCGUUGAGAAAAUGGCCCAUCAUGGGUGGAAUGGACAGAAUAUGCACUAAAUCGUAUAAAAUAGAGCCAGUCGCCCCAGGCGAGCAACCAGUAAUAAUCGAAAAAGGAACUCAAAUAUGGUUUCCGGCUUGGUCUAUACACCACGAUGCCAAAUAUUUCCCGAAUCCAGAAAAGUUCGAUCCAGAAAGGUUUAAUGAAGAGAGAAAAGCAGAAAUAUAUCCCUAUUCUUACAGUCCUUUUGGUUUUGGGCCUCGUAGCUGCAUCGGCCAAAGAUUCAGUUUACUGAAAUGUAAACUUAUAAUAGUGCAUAUCAUAUCUAACUUUGAAUUGGAACCUUGCCAGAAGACGAAGAUUCCGUUAGGACUAUUCGAGAAAGGUUUUCUAGUCAAUCCAGAAGUCGACAUCAUUUUAAAUCUGAAAAAAAUCGCCUGA